UUCCCUCCAGUUAACAGUUUAAAAUUAGGAACGGCUAGUAUGUCCUUAUAUGUAGCUUUUCGCGAAAAUUCUGAAACAAAAAACUCUUCGUUCGAAAAAUGGUUACAUGUCUGAAAGUAUUUUAUUCCAAAGCAUAAAUGUUAUCAAAUUAUUAACUACGUUAUAAGUAACUAAAUAUUAAAGUGAAAACAAAAAGUUUAACACAAGUUUGUUUUCCUUAGUAGAUAAUUAAUAUUUACUUUUCAACUGCAUAUUUUCAGUCAGUAGAGGGAUUUUUAAAGAAUGGACGGAGGAAAGAAAUUUGUGGUUCCUAGUAUUAGUGAAAUUGAUGAAUUUGUGGAAAAUCAAGGAAUAUCCGUACAACAACAUUUUCAGCCAGGAUUACUCCCAGCAGAAAGCAUAACAAACAAAACCAAAGACAACAAGUGUUCAGUUCAACAGAAAGAAGGAGGAGAUAGUGAUUCAACUAUAGAAAAUACUAAUGUUCCAGACCACAAGGAACAUCGUAGUAAAAACUGUCCAGGACCAUCAACAACAUUUGAAAGUGCUUUUGUCCACCUGAAGAAUUCUAAGUACUACUCUUUGAUACCUCCUGGAAAGGAGAAAAU